AUGGAGUUUGGUAUUUUCUGUACUGCUUCUCUAUCUGCUGAAGACCCGGCUCUAAUAGAAACUACAUCUGUAAAUGAUGGAAACGCUCCUUCGACUCUACAUGCAUUUCCUGCUGUACCUAUGGUAACUCAAUCUAACUCUUAUUCUGUUUCGGAAUCUUGCAAAGAUAUAUCAGAUCAUUCUGAUAUGAUAUUGGAUAUUGAAGAAGUAGUUGAGGAUGUUAGUUUUACUACAAUGGAGACAAGGGAAUCGCCUAUGGAUCCAGAAACCUUGCAGGGUGAGGAGACUUCUGCCCCAAGGUCUUGUGUGGGAAGAAAUCUAAAACCAACCCAAAAAAUUCAAGACCAAUGGAUUACAAUUGAAGGUCGAGGAAAACGUGGUAGAGGAGGGCGUGGUGGUCGUGAACUUUUCAAUAGUUAA